AGUCAUCGCUUGGCGCUCUACGAAUGCGGUUUGGAUUCUGAGUGCGCUUGUUUAGCGUUAGUUGUGCAUUAAAGCUUCGUGUAUAAAGAACAUGGAACAGCUCCUAAUGCUGCCCGCCAUCUGUCUGACACUGUUGCUACUAACUUGGUCCAGUUCAGCUCAAGUGCCGCCCGUCGCAUGCCCGGAAUACUUUCAAUACCUCGCAUACAAUCAGGAGUAUAUUGGCCGUGUUUCAGUACGGCAUGAUCCCCAAUAUGCGGAGAAUACGCUUAGAAUUCAGUUCUCACAGCGCGGCUCGCUCACUUCGAACUACGUUGGUAGACUUACACUGUGGGAUGACGAGGAAACAACAAAGUUCAAUCUGCGCUUUGGCAACCCUAUUGAGUAUCGCGUUGAUUUUCCCACACCUGGAGUUGUGCCCAAGUUGACGCAUUUGAUGAUUAACGAUGUGGUCUUAUGCAGAGCAUCGCCAUAUCCUCCCACCAGCGUGUCGCUCUCCUUGUCACACUCGCUGCGCGCCACAGCCACGCCAUUAUUCCCACAGCAGAAUCCUCGGCAGAUCCCUCAGCAGGUCCCUCCGCGAACUAUACAACGCCCUCAGCAGCCCGUAGCCCGUGUUCCGCCUCAACAACCGCAACAACCUCAACAACCUCAACAACCUGCCUCAACACCACAACUUAAUCGACGUCCCGUGACACAGGCGAGGCCGCCACCAGAAGCGCCCAGGACUAGCGGUCAGGGUCUCCUUCAGCUCAGUGGAGUGUGUGGGCGAGAGGGGCCCGUCGCCACGCCGCUCAUCCAUCAUGGUACUGAGGUGAGACGUGGCCAGUUGCCGUGGAUUGUGGCUCUGUUUGAACGUAACGCGGACGGUCCACAUUUCUUCUGUGGCGGCACACUCAUCUCGGCCUUAACGGUGCUCUCGGCGGCGCACUGUUUUAGAUUCAAUAGUCGUAAUGUGCCGGCCAGCCGUGCAGCUGUUUCGCUGGGUCGCAUCUCACUCGAUCUUGUGUCGGAUGGAUUGCUGCUUCCAGUCACCGAUCUGGUCAUUCCUGAUGAAUACUCGUCCCAAAACUAUACGGAUGCAGACAUUGCCUUGAUCAGGCUGGAGUCGCGAGUGAGCUUUGGAGAAUACGUCAAACCCAUUUGUCUGUGGAACGAGAACUUUCUGCUGGAACUCCCGUCGGGCUACAAGUCGUAUGUGGCCGGCUGGGGUGCCGAUGAGAACGGCAAUGUAAAUACACGUGUGGCCAAAAUGACGGAUACGGAUAUUGUGCUCGAGACUGAGUGCCGACGCAAUCUCCGAUCAGAAGAAGGCGUCCGACUUGUCACCUCAAAGACGCUUUGUGCGAGCAACAAACAGGCUGCCGGCCCAUGCAAUGGUGACUCUGGCGGCGGCCUCAUGAUUCAACAGAACAACAUUUGGUUGCUGCGAGGCAUUGUGUCCGCCGGUCAGACUUACACUGAUCACUGCGAUUUAACGCAACCUGUUAUCUACACAGACCUGGCUAGGCAUAUUAAUUGGGUGCGCCAGAAAAUUUGGGUCUGAGUGGCGACGUUUCGCUGCGAAGAGAUUAGUUUAACUUGUGAUAAGUAAAAUAGAGAAAGAGGGCUUCAAAUUGUGUGCCAAAAUAAAUGGAAGCUUAGCUUA